UUCAUCAUUGUCCAACAAGGACUUUGAUAAAGAUACACCUGACGGAAGUUUUUUAGCAGUACUACUCAUUACUGAGCUUUUCAGCUAAUAUUUGUGAAUUAUAGGAUCUAUGAGAUGCUGAAGGUAUGGAGACUUGGAGUAGAGCCCUUUAGUGUCAUACAUAUAGAUUCAAACGAAAGGAUAAGCAUCUCUUUAUAAUCAUUAUACGUUUUGUGGAAAACCACCUUCAAACACAAAAAAAAAGAAGACUAAACUAAACCGUUAUGGCGUAUUAUGGGCUCUCUUCUUAAAGCAAGUAAUCCAAAACUUGUGGACCAACCGUUCUCAUUGAGUAACUGAGCCAUUUCUUUUAACAGUCCUUUUAAUAGAUUAACUCAACCUGCUUCAGGAAUAUAAAAUUUGACGGGCUAUAAGUUGUAAACAUCAGACAGGCGAAUUUGAAUUCGAUAAGCUUUGAAGACCUAGCUAUCGAGUUUCAAAUAGCCUUUGUGUCAUAACGGUUAGUGAAUCAUCCAUGUAGAUAUAUAACUGCAUGCGAUAGACAAGGAUAGAUCAGUGAAUUUCACCAUUCUUUGCUUACCAGUUCCCACUAUGAAUAUUGAAGAUUAUAAUAUCCUUUCGAAUUACAAGAGGGAUUAUGACCAAUUUAUCAGGCCAAAUGAGAAUUUACAGAAUGCAGUUGAUGCUCAGAUAGAUACACCAGCCGUUACUUGGGCUAUUAUUAGUACGGUGAUUGACAUCUUAGGUGACCAGGCAAACUGUUGGAAUUAUCAAAUUCAAGGGGAAAACAACCAUGUUAGCGUUUGGCCUACUGAAGCAAGCAUUAACAAAGGUAUCAUAUCCGAAUUGGAGGAUGCUGCUAAACGUAAUCUUGGAAUACAUGGGUACUCUAUAUUAGAGCUAUAUAAUAUAGAAAAUGGCCCUGAUGAAGAAACAAGUCAAAACGGGCGGCCCCUUACCGCUAUUUCUGAUGAUGUUUCUCUAAUCUGCAACUGCUGGCUGGAUUAUACCACAAAGUUGGGGUUAAUAAGAAGUGGAAACUUUAUCAAGAAUGAAGCAUAUAAAGACAGUGCCCGUGACUUAGAAUUGUGGCGUUUCGGUAAUGAUUUUGACAGAACUCAAUUGAAAGAUGGAGAGAUGUUAAUCCACAUGCUAAAAAUGUAAGUGAUCACUAGUCAUCUUCAUCGCUCAAUAUAGCAUCUCUAUCUUUUCACAGCGUCCAUUUAUUGCGGGAGGUGUCAUAUCAGGAUCCUGUUUUUAUAAUUUUCGCUAUAAUCACGGUAAUAACUA